CGAACCUUGAUCUAAAGCUUUCCCGGUAGGCGGUGCGGGAGGCGAAAGAAGUUUGAGGGGCCGGGCGGGGCGGAUCCUUUCUUUCCCACCCCAUAUGAGCAGUUCCUGUGCCCCCGUCAGGCGAAGGCUUCCCAGAGAGGUGGAGCUGGUGGCCAGGCCUGGAACAUGAGGCAGUGUCUCCUCUUCCUGACCAGCUUGAUUCCUUUCGUGCUGGCGCCGCUACCUCCGGACGAGCUGGGCUAUGGCUCCCACCAGCAACUUGAAAAACUUGAUUAUUUGCUCUCAGACUACGAUAUCCUCGCUUUAUCUAACAUCCAGAAGCACUCAGUAAGAAAGAGAGAUCUACAGACCUCAACACAUUUAGAAACACUACUAACGUUUACAGCUUUGAAAAGGCAUUUUAAGUUAUACCUGACAUCAAGUACUGAACGCUUCUCACAGAAUUUCAAAGUAGUGAUAGUGGAUGGUAAAAAUGAAAGCGAGUAUGCAGUAAAGUGGCAGGACUUCUUCAGUGGACAUGUGGUCGGUGAGCCUGACUCUAGGGUUCUAGCCCACAUAGGAGAUGAUGAUGUUACAAUAAGAAUCAACACAGAUGGAGCAGAAUAUAAUAUAGAGCCACUUUGGAGAUUUAUUAAUGAUACUCAAGACAAAAGAAUGUUAGUUUAUAAAUCUGAUGAUAUCAAGAAUGUUUCACGUUUGCAGUCCCCAAAAGUAUGUGGAUAUUUAAAAGGUGAUAAUGAAGACUUGCUUCCAAAGGGGCUAGUAGACAGAGAACCAUCUGAAGAGCUUGUUCAUCGAGUGAAGAGAAGAGCUGACCCUAAUCCUUUGAAGAACACGUGCAAAUUAUUGGUGGUAGCAGAUCAUCGCUUUUACAAAUACAUGGGCAGAGGGGAAGAGAGUACAACUACAAAUUACUUAAUAGAGCUAAUUGACAGAGUUGAUGAUAUCUAUCGGAAUACUUCUUGGGACAAUGCAGGUUUUAAAGGCUAUGGAAUACAGAUAGAGCAGAUUCGCAUCUUAAAAUCUCCAGAAAAGGUAAAACCUGGUGAAAGACACUAUAAUAUGGAAAAAAGUUAUCCAAAUGAAGAAAAAGAUGCUUGGGAUGUGAAGACGUUGUUGGAGCAAUUCAGCUUUGAUAUAGCUGAAGAAGCAUCUAAAGUCUGCCUUGCACAUCUUUUCACCUACCAAGAUUUUGAUAUGGGAACUCUGGGGUUAGCUUAUGUUGGUUCUCCCAGAGCAAACAGUCAUGGAGGUGUUUGUCCAAAAGCUUAUUAUAGUACCGCUGGGAAGAAAAAUAUCUAUCUGAACAGUGGUUUGACCAGCACAAAGAAUUAUGGUAAAACCAUCCUUACAAAGGAAGCUGACCUGGUUACAACUCAUGAAUUAGGACAUAAUUUUGGAGCAGAACAUGAUCCUGAUGGUCUAGCAGAAUGUGCCCCAAAUGAAGAUCAGGGAGGAAAAUAUGUUAUGUAUCCCAUAGCUGUGAGCGGAGACCAUGAGAACAAUAAGAUGUUUUCAAACUGCAGUAAACAGUCAAUCUAUAAAACCAUUGAAAGUAAGGCCCAGGAGUGUUUUCAAGAACGCAGCAACAAAGUGUGUGGAAACUCCAGGGUGGAUGAAGGGGAAGAAUGUGAUCCUGGCAUCAUGUACCUGAACAAUGAUUCCUGUUGCAAUAACGACUGCACAUUGAAAGCAGGGGUUCAGUGCAGUGACAGAAACAGUCCUUGCUGUAAAAACUGCCAGUUUGAGACUGCCCAGAAGAAGUGCCAAGAGGCUAUUAAUGCUACUUGCAAAGGCGUGUCUUACUGCACAGGUAAUAGCAGUGAAUGCCCUCCUCCUGGAAACGCUGAAGAUGACACGGUGUGCUUGGAUCUUGGGAAGUGUAAAGAUGGGAAGUGUAUUCCCUUCUGUGAGCGGGAGCAGAAACUGGAGUCCUGUGCAUGUAACGAGACUGACAACUCAUGUAAGGUGUGCUGUCGGGAUCACUCUGGCCGGUGUAUGCCCUACGUCGAUGCUGAACAGAAGAACUUAUUUUUGAGGAAAGGAAAGCCCUGCACAGUAGGAUUUUGUGACAUGAAUGGCAAAUGUGAGAAACGCGUACAGGAUGUAAUUGAACGAUUUUGGGAUUUCAUUGACCAACUUAGCAUUAAUACUUUUGGGAAGUUUUUAGCAGACAACAUCGUAGGUUCAGUCCUGGUUUUCUCCCUGAUAUUUUGGAUUCCUUUCAGCAUUCUAGUUCACUGUGUGGAUAAGAAAUUGGAUAAGCAGUAUGAAUCUCUGUCUCUGUUUCACCCUAGUAAUGUGGAAAUGCUAAGCAGCAUGGACUCAGCAUCGGUUCGUAUUAUUAAACCAUUCCCUGCGCCCCAGACCCCUGGGCGCCUCCAGUCCUUACAGCCCACCCCAGUGAUGCCUCCAGUGCCGGUGGCUCCGAAACUAGACCACCAGAGGAUGGACACCAUCCAGGAAGACCCCAGCACCGACUCACACAUUGAUGAAGAUGCGUUUGAGGACCCUUUUCCAAAUAGCUCAGCUGCGAAGUCUUUUGAAGACCUCACGGACCAUCCCGUCACCAGAAGUGAGAAAGCUUCCUCCUUUAAACUGCAGCGUCAGAAUCGUGUUGACAGUAAAGAAACAGAGUGCUAGUUUAGGAACUUAUUUUCUGUGCAAUUUGAUCAAAGUGUGCAAAGUAUUUUUAUAGAUUUGAUCUAAAAUCACUGCAUAUAUUUUGUAAAGAUGGAAGAAAGAAGGAAGUGACUUAACAGCAGAUGCUGGUCAUGUGUUUGAACUUCCUCUCCAUAAAUAAUAGUGCGUGGUUAGGCCUUUUUCCUUUUAAAGAGGUAAGGUGAAUCUAGCUUAUUUUGAGCCGUUCAGGUUUUAGUUUUCUGAUCUCUAAAAUAGCCUUCAACCUGUGGUGCAAAAGUAGGAAAUACAGCUGGAUUAGGUUAUGAAUAUUUACAUUUUUGUAAAUUAACUUUUUAUAUUGAUAACAGCACUGAUUAGUGGGAUGAUUAACUAUUUUUCUUUUUUAUACACUGUAAUAAUGAUCCGCUGAAUAUAAUGAGGUAUUUAGCAGUUAUUUGUGAAAACUGGAA